GUCCCCCGACAGAUACCAGGCAAGGGGGGACUCUGGGAUGUGUUCUUCCUGCCCCAGGGCCCUGAUUCUGAGUCACGGGAUAGACCCAAUUUCCCUGCACAGCCCCAGAGGCAAGCAGUGGCUGGCAGGGCAGGUGUGGCCAGAGCUGCAGGGGAGGAGGCAGCUGCAGGGGAGGAGGCAGCUGCAGGGGAGGAGGGAGCUGAGGGUGAGGCAGGAGCUGGAGAGGAAGCAGGAUCCUCAGAUGAAGAGGGAGCUGCCGGGGACACAGGAGUUGCAGGCGUGGCAGGAUCUGUGAGCAUGGCGGGAGCUGCAGCUGAGGCAGAGGCUCCAGGUGAGGAAGGAGCUGCAGGUGUGUCUGAGGCAGGGGCCCCAGAGGAGGCAGGAACUGCCGGUGAGGAUGGAGCUGAAGAUGUGGCAGGAGCCCCAGGUGAGAGGGAAGCUGCCGGUGAGGAGGAAGUUGGAGAUGUGGCAAGAGCUGUGGGUGAGGAAGAAGCCACAGGUGAGGCUGGAGGCCCAGGAGUCCCAGGUGAGGCAGGAGCUGCAAGUGAGGAAGAAGCCGCAGGUGAGGAGGAAGCUGAGAGUGAGGAGGGAGCUGAGGGUGAGGAGGAAGCUGAGGGCGAGGAGGAAGCUGAGGGUGAGGCAGGAGCUGGAGAGGAAGCAGGAGCGUCAGAUGAAGAGGGAGCCUCAGGGGACACAGGAGUUGCAGGCGUGGCAGGAUCUGUGAGCAUGGCAGGAGCUGCUGGUGAGGCCGAGGCUCCAGGUGAGGAAGGAGCUGCAGGUGUGGCAAGAGCCAUCAACGAGGCAGCAGCCCGGAGCCAGCACUGGCGGCAGACGUUGCAGUCUCUGCUCGAUGCUAUGGCCUACCGGGCACUGAGAAGGUUUUCUGGGGUGGAAGAGCCGGGCUGUGGAGAAGAGUCUUUUGAGAGCUGGCUGCACCAUGCCAAUGACACGCUGUACCUGUGGCGCCACAUGUCAGAGAGGGAGAGGAGGAGCAGACUGGUGGAGAGCUUGGGUGGCCCCGCGCUGGAUCUCAUAUGCGGCCUCCUGGAGGAAAAUCCCGACACCCCUGUGCAGGACUGCCUGGCCGCGCUGGUGCAGGUGUUCGGGAGCAAGGACGCCCAGAUGACCGCACGGCUGAAGUUCCUGACUUGUGCGCAGAGGCCCCAGGAGGCUCUCUUUGCCUAUGUGAUGCGCCUGGAAGGCCUGCUGCAGGCGGCCUUGGAGAAGGGGGCCAUCCGGCCCGCCAUCGCAGACCAGCUGCGCGCCAGGCAGGUGCUGAUGCAGGCCCGGCCCAACGAGACGCUCGAGAACAAGCUGAGGAGGAUGCGUCUGGAGAGGAGGCCGCCUGGCUUCCUGGGGAUGCUGCAGCUCAUUCGGGAGACGGAGGCGUGGGAGGCCGCUCCGGCUAGAAGUGAGCAGUUCCACAUGGAAGAAGGGGCCCAGCUGGACGUUGGAGACCUAGCCACCUGCCAGGGUGCCCUGGCCCAUGAAGAUGCUGCCCCGGCCCGUGAAGAUGCCGCCCAGGCCGCCCUGGCCUGUGAAGAUGCUGCCCGGACCCAUGAAGAUUGCCUCCCAGCCAAUGAGGUCACCACUGAGGGCACCCCUGUCACUGCAGAAGAAAGCAAGCCUUCCCCACCCAAGGAAGAUACCACCCUGGCUGCCCUUUCCAAGCAAGACACAGCCGAGGCUGCCCCGGCACGUGAAGUGGCCGAUGGGGCAGUUCCUGUCACAGUCGACCCUGGAGAGGCUGCUCCUGACCCCCAUGAUGCUGCCCAGGCCGCCUGGGCUCGUGAAGAUGCUGCCCAGGCCGCCCUGACCUGUGAAGACACCGCUGACGCUGCCCCGGCCCGUGAAGAGGCCGAUGAGGCAGCUCCUGACACCCGUGAUGCUGCCGUGGCAGCCCCUGCCCCUGAGGAGACCACCAAGUCCUCUUCUGCCACUGGGGAAGGUGAAAAUGUUCCUACUCGUGCGGGGCUAGGUCAGGCAGGACGCUCGGGGGCCCCCGGGGGCCCCACCCCUGCUCAAACGGUCAGUGCUUCUGGGGCGGGCCCAGGAGGUCCUGGCAGUAACCCGGAAGGCCUCGCCCAGGUGGGAGACCAGGAGGCCGAGCAGACCCCCAAGGAGGGGCUCAUCCAGGAGGAGCCAGGAAACCAGGACGGGGCUGAGGAGAUGAGCCGCCCCGAGUCCUCCUCGGGCAAGUAGGCUCAAAAGGCCCAGGGGCCCCCUCUCCUCCCAGGCAGCAGAGCCCUGGAGG